UGGCUCAAUUGGUCAAGUUCCUUUGUUUUGCCUCAAUUUAGCACCGUCUAAUGACGUGGCAUCUCUCCAUUGGUUUAAUCGUAGGGCCCAAAAAUAUUAGUGUGACGUGGAGUUGCGGAUCUGAGGCCGAUACUGAACCGGAUUUAAAAAGAACAUUUCACGUCCAAUCUUUGCCUACAAAUAAAACCUGAUCGGGCCCCUUAUCUCUCUAUUUAUUUUCGGAGUUCGGGAGCCUGUGCAGGCGAAGACAUUGUAUUAGGAGAUAAUUCUUCUCUCUAAAUUCUCUCUCUAGAAUUUACCGUCGAUAACAUCAACCAAUUCGCAUUUUAGAAGUUAAUUUGAUUGCGGUUACAGUGAACAAUCCCCAAUUAAUCGAGGAGCUUUUGAUAUUUGAGAGAUGGUUAAUUCCGAUAAACAGCAACCGAUGAACGGCCGACGUACCGAUGAUGUAGAUCGGGCGGAUCAAAUAUCCGACGGCGACGGUCCGGUCAACGUUUCUUCUAGCGGCGGCGAUACGCCGGCGAGCGCGAAUCAAUCGGUUACGCGGAGGUUGAGGGAGAUAUUUGUGGAGGAUGGAGAUGGGGAUCUGCUGCUGCAGAGGAGUGACAGGGAGGACGGUGUUCUGCAAUGGCUUCGCGCAUUGGACAUGCAGGUUAUGGGUGCUUGCCGAGCGGAUGAGAGGUUAAAGCCUAUGCUGAAGCUAAAUGUUUCCACCGGCGUAGCCGAGGACCGUCUGCUGGAUCACCUUAGUCAGCACUUUGAGCCGUCGGAAGUUGGUAUGCUAGCGAGGUGCCUGUGCGUACCUCUGGUUUCUAUUCGGGUUGGAAAGAUCAGCAAACAAGGAACAUUCUUGUCUCCAACAUCUAUAAGGGGAGAUUUAUGUCUCACACUCUUGCCAACUUCUGAUCUGCGCAUAUUAUUCAAUGGGGGUGAUGGUUAUAUGGAGAGGCUGGCAACUUUAAGCACUGAAGCUAAGUUCACUGAUAUAGAAAUUGAAGGGAUCUCUGAAGACAAAUCUGGAAGGUCUUUCUUGAUAAAGAGCUCAGAUAAUGUAGUUUCUUAUUUUUGGUGCUCCGAAAAAUCUAAGCUUUUGGGGGACGAAUUAUUGGGAAAGAUGAAGGAUUUGCUUGUGAGAAAACCUACACUGGGUGAAUUAACCGGAAUAAGUGACUCGCGUCUCAACUGUUUCGCAAGUCAUCUUCGAUCUCAUCUUGCUAGUGGGAACCAGUCAACAGCUUCAGUUGACUCGGCUGAUUUUUCUGAAGUUCGUUUUCCACAAUCGAAGAGUUCGCGUACAAAGAAAAGCCAGAUCUAUCAGGGCGGUUUGAGCCCUAGGCCAAGUUCUUUCAAAGAGGGUCUGCAAAAAAGUUUGUCUUCCUCUAUAAGGAGUGCGGCCAGAGAAAAAUUGAGGCGUCGUGGGGAAGAUUUUGUUUCAUGUGUUGACAGUUUAUCUCUUUCUUCAUCAAAAAGUACCGAUCCAUCUAUUCAAUUUCAGAAAGACACACUUUCUGAAUUGAACGGUACACUCCCAUUUGAUGCAUUGAAUUUGUCGGUCCCCGAAUUACCGUUGUCAAGUCAAGCUCCUUUCACUCCUCACUACUGCUAUUGCCCUCCCGUUACAUCGGCACUACACUACACCAAAGGAAAUCCAAUGCUACCCUUUUCAUCAACUGAACCAUUCUCUCUGCCUCCACUUUCUUCUCUGCUAGCAUCUGCCAGGUCAUCAUCAUCCAGUCUCUUGACUUCUAAACCAUUGCUAAAUCUAGCCGAUCUUCCGCCUCUAGAUUUCCCAAGCUUUCUACCGGAGCCUUUAGUCAGGCUAUCAACUUCACAGCAGCAAUUGAUUCCAACUUUUACACCUUUUAUUUGCGACUCGAUAGUUCAUAUUCCAGUGAUUGAAAUGUGCUCUUCUGGCCAAGGGUAUUUGGUCAGUGCAAGCCCUGCUAUGACUACCUCGAUUCCACCAUUAAACCCAAACGCCGAAUCUGUGCUGGAAAAAGGUGCUAGAGAGACGCUCCACAUGCUCAUUAACAGCUCCAACCAACAACCUAAUCCGCAAUUUCUUGAGGUAUUUCCGAGCAGUAGCAGUAUUUACAAUGGAGACAGAGAUAUGGAUGCUAUCACCAAUAGCAUGUCUACUAUGGGGCUUAUUUUGCUGUCGGAUAAAUCUAUGGGUGGUGGCAGAGAUGAUUUGAUUGAGCAUAACGAGAAGCCUUCUCACUCUGGUUCGUCUGGUUUUGAUGAAGGGAUAGAUUGAUUCUAUAGAAAUAGUGUUCUUUUUUUCUUCCAGUUUGUAGAUUUCAGUUUUUUCCAUGGAAAUUGUAUAUGGGUUGUCGGUUAUGUUCAGGUUUGUAAUUGAAUAAGGGUCGUUUAUAUGUAAUCAUCCAUUUUUUUUGAGAAAAGAAAGGUGAAAGUGCAAGUGUUUCUUUUGUGUUUUA